AUGAUGCCUACCUAUCCUAAAGCACCACGUAAGAGUAUCAGCUUGCAAGCUCGAAUCCAUCCUAGACAUAAGUUCAACUUGUGGUUAGCCAUCCAGAGAAGACUAGCUACAGUUGAUAGACUACAGAAGUUUGGCAUUGAUAUACCUAAGGACUGUAUAUUUUGUGCUAGAGAUGAGGAGACCUUUGAUCACUUUUUCUUCACCUGCUCACACACCAGAACCAUUUGGGGAAUACUUUUCAAGUGGCUGGGUCAUACAAGAAGAAUAGGCUCAUGGCAGGAAGAAGUUGACUGGAUAAACAGAUUGGCAAAAAGGAAAAAUGGCAGGGACUCAGUUACCUGCUACACCUUUGCUAUGAUGAUAUAUUGCAUAUGGCACCUGAGAAACUCCAUGAGAUGCCAAGGUGCAAGAAUGGAGACUGAGAAGAUGUACAGAGAGAUUGCUAUGCAUAUUCAUAUCAAAGGAAGGAAGUUAGCUAACUAG